UCAAUGGUUCCCAAAUUAUUUCUACUUUGAUAGCCAAAGUUUCUGAAUUGACAAGACCUUUGAGUCAAUUAAAAAUUAUAAAUGGAAUUUAAUAUAUACAACAGUUCAUUUAUUUAUUUAUUUUUUCAUUUAUCAAAUUAACAUUUGAUCCACUAUCCCACAUAAUAUAUAUCAUUGCAAUCGUUGUGAUGCUUAUAGCCAAUUCAAUAAUUUUUUCCCUUUAUUUGGUGUAGGUUAUUAGUAAUGGGAAGCUUAAAAGCGCUGAACAUCGGGCAGUGACAAAUUCAAAAGAAGCUCGGACUACCAUUGUGAGCUUCAUCAGUCCUUCUAUGGACACCGUUAUAGAACCUGCUGAAGACCUGGUUAGUGAAUUCAAUCCCCCGCUGUAUAGGGCCUUCCAGUAUAAAGAGUUUUUGAGCACCUACAUGGCCUGCAAUGGUGACACAGAAAAGCCAACUAGAUAUAGGUAUAAUCCAAAACCUGUAUAGCAAAGCAUUUAAACCAGAAUUGAUAUGUCUACAAUUUGAAAAAUUACAUAAUGUUAUGUUUCCUUUGCCGAGAGGUGGUUGGGACAUAUUCAUUCGAAGUAAGGGAUUUGUCACUAAGGAUUUUGCAGCUGAUUUGUGAAGGAUUAGGACUUCAACCGGGGUACUUCCGGGAUGAACUAACAAACUUUCAGUUACUGUCAGUUAAUCACUACCCACCAUGCCCUGAUCUAAGUUUAACAUUAGGAUUACCUAAACAUUGUGAUCCUAACCUCAUAACCAUUCUACAUCAAGGACAUGCAUGUGGGCUUCAAGUCUUCAAGGAUGGUCAUUGGAUUGGUAUUGAGCCUCUUCCCAGUGCAUUUGUGGUUAACAUAGGUUACCAAUUAAAGAUUAUUAGUAAUGGGAAGCUUAAAAGUGCUGAACAUCGAGCAGUGACAAAUUCAAAAGAAGUUCGGACUACCAUUGUCACCUUCAUCAAUCCUUCUGUGGACAGCAUUAUAGAACCGGCAGAAGACCUGGUCAAUGAAUGCAAUCCCCCACUUUAUAGAGCCUUCCAGUACAAAGAGUUUUUUAGCACCUAUGCAGCCUGCAACGCUGACACAGAAACUGUCUUGGAGCCUUUUAAGCUCCAUGUUUAAAGCAAAGGUGUACAAAAGAAAAAUUAUGGUGUGUGAUAUGUCAAACACAAUUAGAUCUAUUAUUGUGAUGAACCUUCACAUAAUCAGCUGUGUGUUUAUCACCUUGUCAGACAGAAUGGUCAUUCUAUAUCAAUGGUUGCCAGA